CAUAUCGCCCUCUUACUGUAUCCUCAACCGCCUGACAGCAUUAUUAGUCAUAGUUUUGCGCUCUCAAUCUAACUUGUGCAUACUCAUCGCUUUAAGCUGCUGUUGGGUAGUCCCCCCUAUUGGUGCACGGUGUUCUCUCGUAUUCCAGUGGCGCAUAGCUCUCAGGCGCAGAACUGACUCUCAACAUGGAGGACGAACCUUUGGCAUCCGAGGAGGAGACUCAGAAUAGGCCUGCUGCAGCAGACCGUACUUAUACAGAAUCAACGGACCUGUAUGAAGUUCUGGGUGUUUCGAAAACUGCGACCACCGCUGAAAUCAAGACAGCGUUCAGGGCCAAAGCUCUCGGGCAUCACCCGGACAAGAACAUGGGGGCUGACGAUGACUAUGAGGGUUCCAAUGAACGUUUCAGGCGAAUCCGAGAAGCUUAUGAGAUACUCACAGACGAUAAAGAACGAGAGCAAUAUGACCGUGAUCCAGCUGCUUUUGCGUCUACUGGCAACCGUGCUCAGGGCUCGAACGACGACGACGACAGUGACUGGUUCUCAGGCUGGAGCUUUGGGGGAUCAGGUCCCAGACCUGCAUCCCAAUCGUCUGGAUGGCGUAUGCCUCGACGUGCCCCCAAUGAGAUAGGUCGUCAGGAUUUGUUUGACCUUAUCCAACGGUUGGAGCUCAAACUCAAAUCUGGAAUUUCUUCUGACGAACGCUACCGUGUCAUCGGCGCGUUUUUCGACACGCUCGCCAAAGACGACGCACGACAAUCGAAACGGAACCUAAAUCACUAUCCUUCAUAUGGCGACGCUCACUCCGUGUGGUCACGCUCUGCCUGCACUAAAGAGGAAUUGGCGGCGCUAGACACCCGAGCACCAGAGGUGUGCUACUUUUAUGGUUUCUGGAAUAAGUUUGUGUCGUCCAAAGGGUUCGAGUGGGUGAUGAGAUAUGACGAGGAGUAUUUCCAUCAGUUCGGUAAUGCACGGCUGGAUAGACACAUUCGCAAGGAAAACAAAAGGGUUCAGGCAGUCUAUCACAAAGAAUUCAACGAGAUUAUCAGGGUUUACACCAUGGUCCUGCGCGACUCUGACUCUCGUUAUGACGAUCAUUUGGCACGUAUGGAACGAAGGCGCGCGUCCCCUUCGUACUCUGAUGAGCUUGAGCGACAAAAGAAAAGGGAGAAGGAGAAGAAAAAGGAAAGGAAGAAACGCUCCAAGAGUAGCUGGUGAUUGCGAUGCCGCUGACAU